AUGAAUAUACUUUACUUUAAAGGUUUUUUAUCUUAUUUGAUAAUUUAGUAAAACCGGAUAUUUAAAAUUUAUAUUUGGUGUUAUGAUGACUGUACCAUAUUUGAAUUGAAAUUAAAGAGGAAUUAUCAUACUAUUGUACUAAUUCAAUUUAAAUUGUGUCAGACUUCUUAAUAGUAAAAGCUAAAUAAUUUAUUAAAAUAUUUUGUUUCUACAGUAGGCAUAGAUAAUAUUUAUUAUUGUGUAACAUCCACAAAAAAAUGCCAACUAUUGACUUAAUUUAUAGAUUUAGUUAAGUAAGUUAAUGCAGAAUGUUCAGCAUUUAAUCUGAAAUGUAUUAGUAAUGGAACAAAUUUUGGGUAGGUAGUGAAGCAGCAAGUGAGAUUAGAGAACCUGUUGGCGCUUGGAGAUUCACUAAAGAUAUUUCAGCAUGUAGAUUAAGCUGAUGCUAUGAGGCAUUAAAAACUUAAAAACCUAAUAAUGGUUGUAAGGGAUACAAGAAUUUGUUUAUUUUAGAAUAAUUAUGAAGAUCAAAAUUAUUUUAAGUGUAAUAAAUAAAUGCAGCCACAAAAUGGACAACAUAUGGAUUUAAAUGUAUUUCUUUGGCUGAUUGGGCCUCGUUUACAAAAUAAGCUGGUUUUGUUAUAGAUAACUAAUUUAAAGCUUUCGUUUGGAAUACUACUGUAAAACAAAGGCAUGUUCAGAUACUAAAAAAAAGACUAAAAUUUUUGA